CCGCCAGUGAAGUGUACUACGGGAACAGCAGAACAGUGGGAGGUCGGAGUAUUGUAGACAUGUCUCGGCAAUCCUCACGUAACCUGACCCUCUAUGAGGAACUUGAGAGACUCGAGCAGAGCAUCACACUGACGCUACAGGAAAUUGACUCGAACUUCAGCAAAGCGCAUCGCAUCGUCACUAGUAGCAUACUGCCCGUAGUUGAGCAGUAUGCGAAGCAUAGCAACGAAGUCUGGGAGGGUUCGAAGUUCUGGAAACAGUUCUUCGAAGCAUCGGCAAACGUCAGCUUAAGCGGUUACGAGGAAGCUCCUGCCGACGAUGAUGUUUCGCAUAACGAGACAACAACUGAACUGGAGACAUCUGACGCCUCAGAUAUCCGUUCAAAGGCCGGUGCAGACAUUCACGACAAUGAUGAAGAUUUCCCCGUAGACUCGCCUACUCAGGUCACUGGGGUACAUUCAACGCCACAACUCGCCCCUUCCACGUCCAAGAAGGCUGGCUCGACGAGCAAAGCAGAAGCUUCAAAGCCAGCUCAGCCACUCCUUUCCCCUUCGCCGAGAAAGUACACAGGCAAGAAUCCGAAAGCUUUGCCACCGUCGUCGGAUGCGCCAAGCACACCUGGCCGACAGCCGAACCUGUAUGAGGACUCUUCACCUUUCGAACCCAACUCGACAUUCAAGCCUUCAGCGAUGCGCACAAACAACGAUCCUUUGCUGCAUCGUAUCCUGGACAAGAACUACCGCGUCCAGGCAACUCCGCACACUCAGCGACGCCAAGAGCGUCCCCAAGCUGUAGCGCCAACGCCAGCAACCACAACUCGAACGGUACCUUGGGACGACUCGCCGGAGUCAUCACCAGCAGUGGCCGCACCUGAGCUUCGAAGCAACAUUUUCUUGCCCGCGAAGGCACCUCGCUUGCCAGGCGUCUCCGUCCUGACGCCGGCGCACAAGGCGUACACGGCGAGUAAGGACCGGACUUCGCACACAUUCUUCGAGGGCGAAAGCGACGACGAAGUGGACAUUAGCCCGCCCAAAACCAUGUCAUUCCACGUCCCGCAAAGCAGGCUUCUGCAGACGCCAGCGCGAGAGGCUAGUAAGCGGAUCGUCGAGGAGCUGCUUCUGACUGCUGGAGCGGACGCUACGGAUGAAAUUGAAGCGGACAAUGACUUCAUCGAGGAGCCGAGUCCAAGUGUUGUGCGUAGAGUGUUCAAUACCGAUGAUGAUACGUUUUAGGGUCGAUAUUUCGACGGUUCCGGACUACCUGACGAGCAGUCCGAGAUGCAGUCGAGGUUGUCCUACACAUGGACCGACUACAAACGUGCGAGCCGUAGCAGUAAAAGCAACUAGAUCCACUUGACGAAGCGAACGGCUUUGUGGUUCUGUUACGAAAAAGUCUACUACGCUGCGUCAAUCUCACAUCCUCUCAAGC